UUGUCCAUCACUAGCAGAAUAGCAAAACGUCUGUAAGCAGCACGUGUACACGUUGAUCUAGCUCGCUAGUAUAACAAUGGACGUGGCCAGUGGUGAUGCACGGUCGCCGAUCAAGUUGAUAGAGCUGCUGCUUAAGCUAUCUUCGCCGGCAGCGUCUAGCAGGGUGAUCGGCAAGAACAAGCGGGUGCAGCUGCAGGCCGCCGGCGGCGCCUACGAGUGCCGGACGUGCGGCCGCCGGUUCGCCACGUUCCAGUCGCUGGGCGGCCACCGGACCAGCCACAAGCGGCCGCGGGUGCGCGCGCACGGCCUCGAUCUCCUGCUCGGCGCGCGCCCAGGCAAGGCCAGGGCCCCGGUGCAGCUGCACCGCUGCGGCACGUGCGGCCAGGCGUUCCCCACGGGGCAGGCGCUCGGCGGGCACAUGCGCCGCCACAGGCCGGCCGUGGCCGCCGCGACGUGGACGGAGACGGCCACGUCGUCGUCGACCUCGUGCCUCUCUGUGUCUGGUCAGCAUGACGAUGCCGAUUGGCCUACUUUAAUACAGUUUAUAUGAGGGAUUAGUGCUACUGUCUAUAAGUUGGCAUUGGUUGAUUUGUAGUGGUUUGCUUUGCUCUACUCUCGGUGAAUGCAUGCACUCUACUACACGGUAUAAAUGUUUAUUGUAAUACUCGCAAAAAAAAUCUAUUGCAGUGCCAAUACGCGCACAUGUGUGAUGUAA